AUGCCGAUAAUUAUUUUACGUUAUAGUAAACUUAGAAAAAACUACCUUAAAAGAUAUUCUCUGUACGUUCUUUCAUCCAAACAGAAGACCUUUGAAAAGACUAUUUCUGAUCAUUCAAAGAAUUUAUUUCGUAAUUUGUAUGAUACGACAGAUCUUUGUCAGAGAAUUAGAAAAUAUGCUGAUUCAAAAUCUAAUCUAUUGGUGCAAUUACAAUUAUUACAACCCAAUGGACAUUAUUAUGAACAAUUAUUACAAACUGUAUUUUCAACGAUACAUGAAAGUGCACUUGCUAAACCAGCUAUGCUUGAUUUCUGUCUACAACUCAAUGCCAAUAAUAGUACGUUGUUAGAUAUUCGAAAUUUCUCAAAAAAAUAUCGAGCUGAGCAUUCUAUUUAUUGGUACACGAAAGAAUGUUUUGUCUAUCGAUGUGUAAAUAAAACAUUACGUUCUGGAGAUAUUGACAAAUGUUAUUCAAUACGUUUUUAUAUUGCUGAUUUGAGUGUACAACUUCAUUUAUUAAAAUAUCAACAACAAAAAUUAAUGAAGAAAGCAGGAAUGACCACUCUAUAUCGAGGUUUUCGACAAUCUGAUGACGAAUUGAAUAUAUUACGAAACCUUGUUGGUCGUGUUGUUGCUGUUAAAUCUUUCAUGUCGACAAGUCGAAAUAAAGAUAUUGCAUUAACCUAUGCAUCUCCAUCUGACGGACAAGAAGAAAAUUGGCGACCAGUAUUACUUGAAAUUUAUGUAGAUUUGAGUUCACCUACAAUCAUCGCUGCUGACAUUAGUCGUGUGAGUAAUUUUGAUGUAGAAUGUGAAGUUCUCUUCAAUAUUGGUAGCACAUUUCGAGUUAAAAUGCUAACUUUUGAUACGUUAAAUGAUAUAUGGUUGUGUCAAUUAAUAGCCACAAAUGAAAAUCUUGUAGAUAUACAAGAUUUUCAAAUAAGAUCACCCAAUGUAUCUUUAUCUCAAUUAAUAUUGUAUGGAAGUAAUAUAAUCUGUUCAAAUAAAAUGAUACAACAUGAACAGGAUGAUACUAUUAAUAGAAACUUCAAGUCUCCGUCAAAUGAUCGACAGAGAUUACCAUGGCUAGCCUACGAAUCGAUUGAUUGGGCGUAUAUUCAGUAUAUUAAGUGUAUUAUCCAAUGGCAGCAAACUGAUAUGAAUCAACUUCUGAAUGAAUGUGGACGUAUUUUAGAAAUCUAUACACAAAUUGAUGUACAAGAUUCAUUUGAUGGUUUACAAAUUGCCUCUUAUAUGAAUAAUUUUGGCUAUAUUAGUCUCUUAUGUAGUAAGCAAAGUGAACUCAUUAACUUAUUCAAUAAUUCACUAAACAUACGAAAAAAAUAUCUACCACAUGAUCAUAUACUUCUAGCUCAAAGCUAUCGCAACUUAGGACUUGCAUAUGCAAAUAUAUCCGAUUAUCAUACUGCAUUUGAACUUCAUGAGCAUGCUCUAAGUAUCAAUCAGCACGGAUCUAUCACAGCACAAUGGAGUACGGUUACAACUUUGCGUAAUAUGGGAGAUCUUUGUCAUCGUUUAAACAAUUGUACUCGAGCUGUGGAAUAUUAUUCGAAAGCUAUUGAUGCAUUCUAUAGCUGCUUAAAUUUUUUUAAUUCAACAAACUUAUAA